UACUAAGUAGGUAUUUGAGAGAUUAGACUCUUCUUCUUUUUUAUAUUUUGGCUCCGGCACGGUUUGUGUAUUAGCCAGCGUCAAGUAAUAAGAUUUUCAUAAUUCGCGUUAUAUAGGUCUACCAGAAUCUGAUGGCAAAUAAAAGGAAAAAAAUAGCGAUUUUCAUAUGGCAACAAAAAAAAAAUCAUCUGUCAAAACUGAAAUUUCGAGGAAUUGUUUUUGCUUUGGCUUAAAAUUUCCUAUAAAAAGUGGUGAAAAUGUCGAAGAAACCUCUUCGAUCGCAAGCAAGAAAUAUUGUUUUCAAUGUUUAUCAAAGAAUACUUGAUGAACAAGGUGCAGAACAAACACAAUCAUCGAUAUUGAGCCAUGUCCAAGCGUUGACUGGUGUUUCUAAUACUACCAUAAGACAAAUUGUUGCUGAAGGCAGAUCUAACAGAGGCGUAUUUAGUACGCCUGGUAAAAAGAGGAAAGAUGGCAAAAAUACUGCGCCUUCCUCUUCCGAUGAAGACUUUUUUAUGGAUGUGCAGUAUUUGGAACCAUUUUCAAGUUCUGAUAGCCUUUAA